GACGGUGCCAGGAGCAAAUCCAGUAGGCUACAGUAAUAAUAAAAACCACUAGCAGAAAGAGUCGGUUCGUUGCGGACAGCACAUUAAUAAAGAGUCGAUGCUUUAGUGGAAUUCUGCGCGCGCGUGGGCAAAGAGUCUGUGUAACGGCAACGGUUUGUAAACAACGCAGUUAAACUAUAGUUCUACGCAAAUAUAUCGUGGAGGUUUAAUCAUUUUGGCUAUGGCUCAGCAAUUUGGACAUCCUGGUUCUGCUAUAUUUCAGUCGACACCCAAAGCCACUCAUCACCACGUGUCAGCAAAGGUGUCAGAAGAGGGUCAUGGGCAUGGUUUAGACCAAGACUCAACUGGUGAAAUACUGUCAUUUGUAACCCUGGAUGAAAACCAUGAGCAGCAAAGCAUGGAUUCAGGCAUUAAUGUCUCACACAGAAGUUUACCAAUGAACGAGGUGGAUGAGAGUGUUGUCUCCACCCCUAUUAACACAAGAAUAGAUGAAAUUGGGAAGAAAGCACAAGACCUUAUAGAGAGGAUCAACCAGAACCGGGCAAUGGACCAGAAACUUAUGAACAGCUUUGAGGAGAAACUAAUGAAGAAGGUGAGUGAGAUGUGCCAACAGAUGAAGGAGCAGAUGUUUGAGUAUUAUGAGAAACAUAGCCGAGAAAUGGAGACAAAGCUCACUGAGCUCUCAGAAGUGUUGGAGCGCAGCAGUCAGCUCAGCAUGGAGCUCCAGGGAGCCAGCCAGACACUGGCAGCCAUUAACAAGGGUCUGCAGCAAACCCCAGGCCAGUAGAGACAAAUCACACAGAUAACACUGUGCCCAAAAUACUUCCAUAGCACCAGACAUGUGACAGCCAAAACAAAGUAGUUUAGUUUGUUGAUAUAAUAGAAAUACCUUAUUACAAAAGUAGGGUGACAGGUUUCGUACUCAUUUCAUACCUGUAUGAUUCGCUCUCAGUCGUAGCAAGACCAGAGUAAUUUCCCAACAUCCAGCUUACAAAGAGAGUAGUGGGUAGAGGGAGGUAGAAUAGCAGGAAUGCUGAACUGCUAAAACUGAAGAGAGAGACUCCAUUAAUGGAGCAACAGAAAGAUUAAAUUGAAAACAAACAUUUUCUUCAGACAGUACUAUAAGGCUCAACAUGUAUUAUUCCAACUUGUGUUUUGAACUUUGUUUUUUUGUUUAAUUAAAGUUAUCUGUUUACUAAAGUAUGUAUUUAGACUGUAAACUAUUUCUUUCCUUUUCAUUUUUUUGUCAUAGCGAUAUAGACAAUCAAAGCUUCUUAAAGUGAAUAUGAAGAUAAUAUGCAAAUCCUGAAAAUCCCAGAGCAUUGCACCAUCAGGAAAUGAGAUUUUUCAUGUCAGUAUACCCACAGUCAUCAGCUAGAGUAAUUAGAAAAAUAGUGAAUCCAUAUCUAAAGGGAAUAAAGAUUUCUCAACACUAUAUUGUUUUACUCUGCUAAAUUAAGAUUUAGCAGAGCAAAUUCACAGAGCACAUCAGAGUUCAAACAGUCAAAGUAAAUUAGAUACACAUAUAAACAGCUUCACCAUUUGUUUCUGCACAACUCAACACUUACAUGUAUCUUACUUUAUUCUCUUGGUCCUCAGCCCUAUGGGCUCAUCCAUACACAUUUGAUUACAUCUGUUCAAAGUAUUUUUAUACACAAUUAUGCAUAAGCUGCCAAAUCUGUGUUUUCAUAAACGUCAUGUUCAAGCAGAUACUGCAUUUUUUUUAAGCCAUCAGUCAUGCAGUGUAGUGCAAAUACACAUGGAGAGGAAAAUAAACUCCCUAUGCUGUGUACGUGACCUGAAAACCAUCCAAUUGUAUACAGAAUAUGUAUGAACUGAGGAGUUAUUUGCUACCCAUUCAGUUUAUUGGGAAUACCUGUACAUCUGCAUGUUCACGCAAUUAUCCAAUUGGCUGUCCAAUCAUGUAGCAACAGCACAUAAAAUCAUACAGAUACAGGUCAAGCACUUUAGUUAAUAUUCACAUCAAACAUCAGAAUGGGGGAAAACGUGAUCUUGGAUGUUGCUCACUGGAUGAUUUGGUUUGAUUGUUUUUGGUACAAUUCGGCUCUAUACAGUGUCGUGUGAAAAUCUGAGGAGUUCAGCAGUAUUUGAACCAGCUCUAGCACCAACCAUGCCACAGUCAAAGUCACUGAAAUGACAUUUUCCCCCUAUUCUAGGGUUUGAUGUGAACUGAAGCUCUUGACCUGUAUCUGCAUGAUUUUAUGCAUUAUGCUGCCACCAAAUGAUUAGCUAAUUGCAUGAUUGCAUAAAUGAGCAGGUGUUCCUAACAAAGUGGACAGUGAGUGUAUAGAACAUAUAUGAACAUAUAGGAACAUCCCGUUCCAGAUUUAGUCCCCCUUCGCUGCUUUAAUAACCACAGUUUUGGAAAGUGCCAUGUGUGUAGGACGGUCAGGUGUCCACAAAUCUUUGGC